AUGUCACGUCGUUUUCUCUGCUUCUUGCUACUUGGACUCAGCACCGCUGCAGUACUGCGUGUGCCAAUGAUUAAACGCAACAAUGAUGAAUUUCUAUCAUCGCUAUUAAAUCCAAUUCAAUCCAUACAUCGUCCUGCGAUUUGGAUCCCAAACGUGAAUCUAUUGCUUCAAGAUCCAAAUUUUGCCGUCGAAGGUACAGCUGAUGUUAUCAUUCGCGACUUUCAGAAUGCACAAUAUUACGGUUUGAUCUCAAUUGGUACCCCACCUCAACCUUUUGCUGUUGUAUUUGACACGGGAUCGAGUAACCUGUGGGUACCUGACAAAAAAUUUGGAUCGCAUCAUGUAUAUGACCAUACAAAAAGUAUUACGUACAAACAAAAUGGAUCAAUUUUUAAUAUCAUGUAUGGUAGUGGACCCGUGUCAGGAUUUUUGUCGCAAGAUACUUUGCAAGUGGGUAAACUUACAGUCUCGGACCAAUUUUUUGCUGAAGUGAAUGUGACAAAAGGAUUAGGUCCGGCCUAUUAUCUUGGCAAAUUUGAUGGACUUUUUGGUCUAGCUUUUGACACUAUUAGCGUUGAUCACCUUAAAACUCCAUUUCAUCGAAUGGUGCAACAAGGUUUAUUGGAUGAACCAGUAUUUGCAUUUUAUCUAGGCGACAAAAAAGACGGCGAGUUGAUACUUGGUGGUGUCGAUCAAAGUCACUAUACAGGGGAACUUACUUAUGUUGAUGUAAUAAGUGCCACGUAUUGGACAGUGCAACUUGACGCAAUUACAAUUUUUGACAAAAAUGUUACUGAUGUGAACAAGGCAAUUAUUGACUCUGGCACUUCACUUAUUGCUGGACCAAAAUACCAAGUGGCAAAAUUGGCCAAAUUAGUCGGUGCACAUAAAUUUAUACUUGGUGAGUAUUUCAUCAGUUGUUCUGCUACUGCUCCAGACAUUUCAUUUGUGUUAAAUGGCAAGACAUUCACUCUCACCAAAUCGGAGUAUACACUUAAGAGUGGACCAUUUUGUCUCUUUGCUUUUGUCGGAAUGGAUAUUCCACCACCUGCUGGUCCACUUUGGAUUCUAGGUGAUGUGUUUAUGCGCAAACAUUAUACUGUUUUUGAUUGGGGUACGGACACUCGUAAGCCACGCGUUGGCUUUGCCCUUGCUGUAUGA